AUGCCUCCUCGUUCUUCGUUGACAUCGUCCUUUUCCGUAUCAGAUGCGAAUAAUGAAGUUGUUUGUCCAUUGAGAAAUCAAGAUGGCUCCAGUUGUCGCAAACGUUGCCUCGGCGAAAAACGAUAUCGAUCCAUGCAAGAGCACAUCAGAAGAGCUCAUCCAGAACAUUACAUCUCAAAGCUUCCUGCGACCGAAGAAAGCUUUCAACUCAUGAUCAAUACCCCGCCCUCUGAGCGACCGCAACCACAACCACCAACUGCCAACUCGGCUCCAACUUCAAACAGUUUCACACACGACAGACAGAAUUAUUAUGGCGAACAUUCGAAUCAUUCGAGUACCCCGAAUACUCCCAGAAUCGUGGACGAUAGUUCAAUGCUUCCAGCCGCUAGCGCUGCAGCAACUUUAGCACAGCUACACAAUCACAAAUUGGAUAAUGAAUGGGAAUCCGAAGUGGAUUGGAUGUCAGAUCACGAAGCUCAUAAACAAGCAAUGCGAGCUUCUAUAGAGCUUCCUCCAAUUCAUUCCAACAAACUCGAACCCACUAGCGAUCCAUUUUCACAUUACAAUGUUCACCGUCGCAGAGAUCUUCUUCCUUCUAUACUAUCACCCCCGGGACGUUCGUCUACUCUUCCUCCACUUCAAAGAAAUCCAAGCACAGGUCGUCCUCGAAAACAAUCAGUGUCAAAGCGUGCUCGAGAGCCACAACACAGGAGGCAAAAAUCUCGUGGGGAGCAUACUCACCUGCGACGCUUAAGUCAUGAUCGUAAAGCUCAAUCUGCCGAACCUUCAUUUUAUGGCAAACGAUGGGAAGAUUUGAUUGAUGCUGCAACAUCAGCUACAGAAGAUGUAGAUGAUGAUAGAACACCGAUUCCCCCAUCCCCAGUUUCAGUGAAUCGUGCUUCAAUGCCUCCAUUUUCCGCAUCACAGUUUCAAGGAUAUCAGGCUUCGCCACUACAACAAGCACUCACUCCACCAUCUUAUCAGGCUGAAGCUCCAGAACCUUUUCCAUCAGUAGAAAGUGGUGGAAGUGGUGAUCAUUUCAAUAUUGGAUCACAGGGGCUCUCGGAUUCAUCGCCAAGCUUCUCUGCAAUAAAUAUACAAAUCUACUGUGCUGCUUGUCAAAACGUUUCUUUCCUGAAAGAAUCUUACGCAUGUACAGAAUGCAUAUGUGGUAUAUGCCAGCCGUGUGUCGAGGUUCUCAUGGCGGAGCAGGGAGCACGUAGAAAAUGUCCAAGAUGCGCUACCAUUGGAGGACGAUUUAAACCUUUUCAAUUGGAUAUUCGUUAA